AUGACAUAUGAUCAUCAACGCACUGAGAGGGCCACAGGUAAAGAUUCCGGUUUGUUCCCCAGGCACGACGCGCCGGGUGGUCGCGCCCGGUGUGGUCGUGGCCUGCAGGAUAUGUCCAAGGAAGCCGUGGCCCAACUAACAUCCAUUCUUAUCAUGCCACCAAACGAAACGAUUGCCUACCCCAGCGAGGAGUGGCUCAAAGAUCAGAAGGAAAAGGUCUCGAACGCGGACUGGCCUUUGCGGCGCCAGUACAGCCUGGCGGCCACGAUAUCUAACUUGAGCCGCUCAUUCCACAUGCCUACCCGUGCUGGCAGAGCCGAGCUCUGCACCUCGCACGCCCAACUAGACCCGAGGGUGAUACAUCACCUGAAAUACUUGAUUGUUCAUUUGUGCGAUCAGAAGCUCGAGAGGCUUCGGGACGACUAUCACGGCACGCCACAUCAUCCCGAUGUAAUCAGUUGGCUGGAUCGACUCGAAUGUAUUAGAAGCGUAUGCCUCGACGAGAAUGGUAUCAACGAGCAGUCCCCGAUGGACGACGAGGUUAUGGAACAAGAUCCGUGGUGGUCCUCGAGGCCUGCUGGAACGAAGGAGGAUAAUCUCAUAAACGUUCAGAGCUACAGAGUUGUGAAAAUGGGGAUCAGGAAUCUUCUAGGCCAGAACGUUACCAGGAAGACAACAUGCGCGGCCUGUAUUUGUGCUGCGGUAGGCGGGGAUCGGUCGAUGCUGGCUGAUCUCUUCGCCGGAGUCAGGGCGCGGGAGAUGGUAGAGAAGGCUACUGGACCGAAGAAGAAAAGGAGGCGCAGACCAAAGCUCCUGCGUCUUCUCAAGCACUGGGCACGUCACUAUGACGAACGUCGGCAGAAUAGAAUUCGGAACGACGCUCACCAUUUGAAGCCCUUGAUUGCUGCAGCGCUGGAGCAGGCGGAUCGUAAAUCGGGGCACUCAGGACGAACAAUGUCUCCAUCCCUGCGGUCUGAAAAGGAUUCUCUGGUUUCUGAUCCAAACCCGCUGCACUUUCCCAAGCACACUACCGCAGGAAUCCAAGAAGAGCACCUCGGCAGCACUACAUCUCGUCGAAGCUGGGUAGUACCAGUGUAUCUAUCUCCUCAUGUUGAGGAACAUUCCGAUUCGGAGGACGAAGACCCUAGAUUUCAGGAGCCAUUUCGGAGCAACGCAACUCGAAAAGACGACUGUGCCAUUUCGGAAGAAUACGCUGAAAUUAUACAGGUAGAUCCCUUCCAGAACAACAGAGCCUAUGUAGAGGACUAUCCCAGUUCUGAGGAAGAUUAUGCCGAACUCACCCAGGCAGAUGUCUUCCUAAGCCAAAAGGUUUAUACAACCAACCUAGACGGUCUAAGGGGCAGCGCAAUCCCUCCACCCCUCCAAAUCCGACCCCAACAAAUCAACUUCCCGCCCAUUGACUCAGGCCAUGCGACGCGGAAACAAUCAUGGGCGACUGUCUCGGUACAUACAGCACGGCAAUCAGAAGCUGGCCUGUCCCCUGAAUACUAUCCUCCACCCCCGAUCCCCCCCUUUCCCCCAGCCGAGACAUACCAGCGGCGACCUGUUUCCUCAGUCUACGAUGCCGAGGGAGGAAACCCGCCACCGUCACCCUCAGUUGCCACGUCGAAACUGCCGUACGCCCCGAACGGGCGAAUGAUCUCCAUGGUGGACUACAACCCCAAGCAUCUGAACCAGCAGACAUUGAGGGCACUAGAGGGCCGGGCAACAAUCCGUGUCGGCAGAGACUCGAUACCGUCUUAUUUGUUCCUGGGGGGCAGACCUCCCUAA